AUUUAUAAGGUGGGGAAACGUCAACAAAUUUAUUUUUCAGACGUUUCUCAAAAUUCACGUUAAUAUCCAUGGAUAAUUAGAAAAAGUGUAUAGAAAAUGUGAUAAAUAAUUCAACAAAAUGCUGCUUAAGUUAUUAAUAUUGGUUUUGUUAGUAUUUUUACUAGCAUAUUGCAUUCUACCAAAGGGGAUCAGUUGGUAUCUGGUUAAAAAGUUUAAGGUAAAAGUACGAAUUGGUAGUAUUAGCUUACGUUAUCUUGCGUUGCGAAAUGUAGACGUCAGUAAAAGUGGAUUUAUUGUGCAAAUCGAAGAAAUUUGUCUUCGUAGCAGCUUUUUUAACACAGAGGUAACAAAGCUACUAUCGAUCUACAUACGCGAUAUACGCAUAAACAAAGAUAUACAGAGCAAUGAUGUUACAGCUGAAUCACUUCGUCAAUCUGAGCGUCUACAUAGUAAAGCGCGUCAGGAGGAGGAAAAAGAUGUGCCAGAUUUCCGGCGUGCUAAAGUACCACCAAGUAUACUGACGUUCGCACAGUUUAUGGCAAUGCACAUAAACAAUAUUUCCGUUGUGCUUAUGAAUAACAAUUUCGAUCCGGGUUGGUUCAUUCAUGCAACAGCUAGGGAAUUACAUCUAGAUGGCAGUAUUGUGCAUAAUGAUAAAACUUUAUUAGUCAACGCGGCGCUUAAUGAUGCGCAGGCGAAAAUGUUGAGACACUGUCCAUCACGUCGACAGUCCUUGGAAAAUCUAAAUAAAGUACAACCUUGCUUGGGUGAGAUCAGCUUCGACAUUGCCUUAGAUACUACUUUGUUUGCACAGGGACCUCUAUCUGUGGAUAAACUCUCUUUGGCUAUGAAUAAUGCUCGUUCCACCAUACACGGUAGUUUAUACGACUUCCUAAGUGAGGCGAAGCAACGUACAAAGCCACAGCAAAAUUUAGAGAGCAGAGUGCUAAGCACGGCUAAUUCACUUUCGCAGCGUCGAAAGAGUUUUAGCAAUGAGUCAUAUGAGAAGAUCUCACCCAUUAUACCCAAGAAUUUUAAUUUUGUGAUUAAAGCAGCCACCUUUUCAGCGGUGAAAGAGAAUUCCCAAAAUGAUUUUAGCGCAAAAAUACAGUUGUUCAGUAUUACUGGGGAAUUAAAAUCGAAGUCGUUGAAUGAGAAUGCGCAACUUCCAACAUUGGUAACCAAUGUGCUACUGGAACACUUGGAUAUUGAUACCAAAUAUGAAAAGUUACUAUUUAUUGAGCAGUUUACUAUCGAUUCCCUGUUGGAAAACGAUGUUCUAAAUUUAUAUGUCAAGCUUAAAACAUUCCAAAUUAUUUAUAAUCAUUGUGAAAUAUACGAUUGGGUGCAUAAUAACUUUUUAUCGCGCCAGCGUAUAAGUCAACAGCCGUUACAGUUAAAUGUGAAACAACGCAUGUUGCCGGAACAUUUGGGUGCGGACACAAUACUGGAUCCGUUGCUUUUAACGUCCAAACCGGCGAAUAACGGCAUACUUGAGAGUAUAUUGAAGCGUAUAGUGGUGAAAGGUUGUGCAGAGUUCUGGAAUGUAUCAGUGCUCAUGAAGUUGGACGAUGAAAACGCUGCCAUGAGCGUUAGUCACACACGCUUUAUACUCGAACAAAUUGAAGAGAAGCGCAGCUCUUUGUAUGGCAAUCGUCUUUUGAAUAUGCUCUUGAAUCAGCGUCAUUGGAGCACCGAAUUAAUGAUUGAAUCCUUGUGGUGGUCAUUGGGAAAUUCAAUAAAUGAUACCAACAAUUUGAAGAAAUCACAUUCUCCCGGCUCACCAUUCUUUCUGGGACUCAGCUUGGUCAAAUUGAAUUCAUAUGCAAGUGUCACCAAACUAGAGGUAUCCAUACACACGCUACGCACGGAAUAUAGCAUGAGUUUGGCUGAAUUUAUAGUGAAGUCGGUCAAUUGUAUAAAACAAUACGGUGGCCUGAGUUCCACUGAAAGUGGCGUUGGGAAGCGUUUGUCGCCACGUGCGCCAAGUGCCGGCACAAAUUCAAUAACUGGUGGUUUACUAAUAGCAGCACGCAUUAAGGACGUCACAGCAUAUUUCAUCAAUCAUCAUCAAGCUUGUUUGCUGCUAAGCUUCUCGGAUAUCAUACUAUCGCGUAAGCAACAGGUAUCCAGCUUCAAAUUUGAGGACUUUCAAAUGGCCAUAAUGCGUGCAAUGAAUGCAUCAUCGCUAUGUCUCAACGAUUUCAAUGACAUAUUCGCCAAUUGUAAGACAAUACGCAUUGAACAUGAAAAGCAUGAGAAUAAAGUGUCGGUCUACAUUCCAAGCAACACAGAGGUCAUGUGGAAUGCCAAUUUGCAUAUGCACAUAUUGACCUUGGCGCGUGACAUGAGCGAUUUGCGCACCGAACUGGCGUUGCCACAACACGCGGUGGAGGUGAAACCAGCGCACGCGAAGAAAAAGUGGAUCAUCGAACUAUCCGCUGAAUUGAGCACGGUACUUGAGAUUAAACUCUCCGAACGCCAUACAAUGCAGUGGUUUGUGGAGAACUUGUUCUUCAGUCACAAGGAAGCGAAUUUCAUUUCAGCGGAAAACCUGUUUAUUAAAAUCGAUGAUCAGCAUAUAUUUACGCUGAAGGAGAUAGAUGUGCAGUCACUACCGCGCUUGGAUAUGCUCACACAGGAGCGUGUAAAUUGCGAGGGCUUUGUGCUGCCCACAAACAAAGUGUGGGUAACAACAAUUGGCGCAUUUAAGGCCAUCUUUCCUUAUGAUCACGAUUUUUACGAUGCCGUGCAAAAUGAGUUCGUGUCACACUUUAAAUGGCUGAAAUUGGUACAUAACUACAAGAAGAAACCCUUUACCGCCAGCUCACCGCUGCCAAGCGAUAUGGUCAUACAAAUCAAAGAGUUUUUGCUCGAAAUCAGCGACGAUCCAUUUGAGGUGAAAUUACGUGAUAAUUACGUGCUGCUUGUGGAUGAGUACCUAGAGGGUCUGAAACGCAAAGCUAUAUUCGAUAAGAAGAUUGCCGAGCGUUGUCUUGUGCCGGCGAGCACAAUCGAAAGUCUCUACGCGAGUUUGGUGCAGAAGAAUUCUGAAAUCUACAUACAACGCUCGAAGAAGAUACGCGAGAGUGGACCUGUGCGCACGCGCUUGCUAGCGUGGAUUAUGACAGAUGUGGAAAUAAUGGCCAUGGCCGAUCCAUCAAUACAUGGCACUGAGAAUGUGACGCGCAUAAUGCGCGAUAUUGACUGUGAGAGCCCAUGGCCGGAGGAAGGCUUGGAAUUCACCACACUUUGGUGUCGCAGCGUAAAUAUCAGCUGCACCGAGUGGAAAUUUAUGCUGCGCGAUUUCCCACAACCCAUGUUCUAUGUGAAGUCAAUGCGCCUAUUUGGUAAUUUAUGCGGCGCUGAGCAAGCGGCGUCCAAGCGCGCUAAGCGUGAUGUUUACAUAGAAGUUGGUGAGCCCUUCGGCACCGAUGUCAUACAACGCAGCAUGCCGUCGUUGAAGUUUUAUCACGACUUCGAUUGUGAACUGGAGUUCUGCAGCUAUGCUUUUGGUCCCUGCUGGGAGCCGGUGAUGGCGCAGUGUAACCUCAGUUUUGAGAAAAUUUCCGCACCGUCCAAAGAUCCCAGUCCGCCCUUGCCUUUCUGGGAUAAAAUGCGUUUGCUGUUUCACGGUCGUCUAACCAUGAUCGUGAAGCAAUUCACGGUGUUGUUGCAUGCCUCAUUGGAUCCCUACAAUACAACCGAGGAAAUGGAGUUGACUUGGAACAAUGCGGGCAUUGUGUGGACAAAUGCGAAAAUCAUGUUCAAAGGUGAACUAAAUAUAACGGUACGCACGGCAUCACGUUAUGACGAUUGUCGGCUGCUGCACUUUCCGAACUUGAAACUGACAUUUAAACUAAAUUGGGUUUGUUUGGCCAAUCCAAAUGAUCAUCACGCUGUUAUGCCUUGUGCGCCCGACAAAUUACCCGAGUACUCGAGCAAUCAAGUACACGACUCAUUCCGCGCCUUCCGUUCGCUUAAUCUAAACAUAUGGAUUUCAUUCGAAACGAAGCCGAAGCAUGGCGAAGAGGUGGAAAUCGACAUUCCCAGUCUGGUUUUAUACGGCAGCACAUUGCGUUGGUUCGAGAGCCUCAAACUGAUACUGUCCGGUGUUACGCGCCCCACACGUCGAGGUCCGGUAUUCAAUAAUGUGCGUCCACGCAAGAAGCAACUAAGUCGCCACUAUAAAAAAGCCAAUCUACAAAUGAGCCUCCAUCACUUUCAAGUGCUCUAUUGGAUGUCGCAUGCGCUGCAAAAGGGUUUCCAAUUGAACGGCGGUCGUGUGUCCUUUAGUUCGGAAUAUUGCUUGUCGCUAUGCCCCAUUGAUGAUGGCCUCAUACAUAGACCACGCGCUGAAUGGUCGACCGUCUAUAUGAAUUGUGAAUUGAAUGACGCUGAAAUAUGGUUGAGAAGCAUACUCACCGAGAAGCUCGGCAGCAGUGCGGAAAAUUUGCCCAGCGUUGGUGAUGCCUUCAAAAUCGUGCGUUUCUACUUUCUGAGUGUGGCUAAAGUGUCGUACGGACGUGAAGCGCUCAUACAAACCGCCGGCAGCAGUCAAGAGGAGGAGUCGAAAACGAAAAAUACCACACCCACACAUAAAUUGGUCGUUUACGAUCUGAAAGGCGCGUGGACGAAAAACAAUCGUGAUGUGGCGUUUGCGCUCUUCGAUUCGUUCAUGAAGUCACAAAAGCUUAAGAAUAACUUAUCCACAGAGGCUGUGAAGAGCUAUCGCAAGGAGACCACUUCUAAUGUCAUCAAGAAUAAGCGUAGCGAUAGCACAAUUACACUCACGAAUAACCCCACAGAAGUGUUGCCGACAACGAAUGCCAACAGCGCCAUUAAGAAGGUACAACCGGCCAGUCAUGCCACGGCCAUGCUGCAACAACUCAUCGCCGAGGCCGAUCACAAAUUCAACGUUUACAGCGAUGAUCAGAGCACGCAGUCGCGCGAAUUGCAGCUGCAGGGCUUGCAGGCGUGCUCGGCGCAGGAUGUGAUACACGAGAAUUGGUCCAUAUCGUUGGUGAAUUCACAAGUCCUACUUAAGGGUUGUGAGACAUCGGGUUAUGUUAUUAUUAGUGCUGCGAAAGCGGAGAUACUACAACGUGUACACCGUCCAGUAUGGCGUGACAGAUCGCUGGUGUCCAAGACCACGUGGAAGGGUCUGCUCGAAUGCAUGCAGUAUUAUGCUACAGUGAGCGCCGGUGAGGAUGACUCGCUCAUUGAAAAGGAGAUCAUGUGGUUGACGGUGGAUAACAUACAGGAUAAAGAUGACACUGUGAUCAAUGAUUUGCCCGACAUUCCGCAUCUAGUUGGUAGUGGUCGUAGUGUGGGUGGUGUUGUUUCGGAGACUGUGGGUGCCUUAUCGAUUGAGAAUCCGGGUGAAACACAGCCUGUACAACUGCAACGCAUUGUAUCGCGUUGUAAAUGUGAAUUCUUCUACGUCAGCUAUGGCGAUACGAUAGAUCCAAAUUCCAUAACCGAAGUACCGCCACCACCGUCCGAAGAAACGCUAUCACCGUGGGAGAAACAAGACGAUCCCGUCGAUGCGUUCACACUAAUGCAUCACGAUCUCGAUGUCUGCACGAAUUCACUGCAAUAUGCCAUGAUUCUGGAUAUCGUGAAUAAUCUGCUACUCUACGUUGAACCGCAACGCAAACAGGCGCUCGAGAAAUUGGCGCGCAUGCGUUUUCAACUGCAGCUGCACUCCACUGAGGAUCAAAAGCGGCCAAUACAACAGAAACAGACGAUGAUACGCAGUUUGCUGAUGAAAAUCCGUUCGCUGGAGAAGGAUAUACAUCUGAUUGGCAAGGAUCGUGCCGAAGAGGGCGACACGCUGGAGUUGAGAGACGCAUUCGAAAGUGUGCAAUUGCAGAUACGCGAAAGUAAGGAGGAAUUGAAUACGCUCAGCGAGGAGUUGGACAUGAUGUUGUUGUGUUACAAGGAGACACAGCUGUCGCAGCUAAGCAAAAUAUCGAAUGUGCGCGCCGACAAAUCGCUCACCAUCGUGCGUGCCAAUGAAAUCUGCUUUAAGCGUGCGCAAUGGCGUCUCACCGAAACCGACGGUCAAAUCGGCAUAUCCGAUCUGGUACUUAGUGGCUUUUUGUAUACGAAAAAAUCGAAAAGUGACGACUCUGUGGAACACUUACUUGAGUUGGGCAAUAUACGCAUGAGCAACUUGAUACCGCGUGAGAUCUAUCGCGAAGUCCUAAUGCCCACUGAAAUCCAAAAGGACAUGCCAAUCGAUACGCAUAAACGUGUGUUGCGCAUUUUCUGUCGUGAGAAACCGCCAGUGGGUGGUAUCUCGGUGAAAGAGCAUUUCGAAAUCAAUGUGGCGCCCAUUACGAUUGCCAUAACGAAGAAAUUCUACAGCACAAUGUUGAAAUUCUGUUUCCCCGAUCGUGAUGCUUCCGAAACGGAGACUGUCGAUGAUAUUGAGGAGAAUUCUUCGAGUUCCUCCUCAUCGUCGGCCGUGCAAACGAAGUCCGCAAAGAAACCAUCGAAAACUAAAAAGAGUUCGAAAGAUUCGGAAUUCUAUGUGAAAAUCGAAAAGGAUGAUGUGGAGAAGAUGAAAGAGCGCGCUGAGAAGAAUAAACUCUUUAUCUAUAUAAAAAUUCCCGAAGUGCCUGUGCGUGUCAGUUACAAGGGUAAUAAGGAGAAAAAUCUUGAAGACAUCACAGAUUUCUCGCUCGUCAUACCAACACUGGAGUACCACAAUGUCACCUGGACGUGGCUCGACUUGCUAUUGGCUAUGAAAUUGGUAAGUCGACGCGUGAUAUUAUCGCAAGCAAUCAAGCAGAAAUUGCAAAUACAUCGACGACAACCGGGCACAUCGACGGGCGAACGUUCGUCGCCGCAGGAGGAAGACAAGGCGAAAAUGCUGUUUGGUAAUCGCUUAUUGAAUGAGAAUCGCAGCCAAAGAAGAGGAGUUUUCAAAUUCACCUCGAGCAACAAGUGAUACGCAGUGAUAACUAUUGAGAUUUAAGUGCUGAAAUUUAUACACUUGCAUACAUACUUACACAUUGACAAAUACAUACUAGCAAUCAGUGCAGCAAAAAAACAACUACAACAACACUUCUAUUUAUUGUAAUUUUAAUCAAGUGAAUUUAGUUUUGUUUAACACAGUUACAAUUACAAUUACAAUUACAAUUUAAAUUAAUUAGUUAAUACACAACAUUGUAAUGCCUAGUACGAACGAGAUUGUAUCAUAACUUUUAAAAAACUACUAUAAUAAUUAAUUAAUGUAUUUUAAUUAGCACACUUUAUGCAAUAUGUAUUACCUACC